CGAAAUACUUUGAAAACCAAAAACAACUUAUCGAUCAAUGCAACAAUCGACAACAUCAACGCAUCAACUGCGAUCGACCAACAUCCUUGCAGGAUACAAACGGCCGCGGACAUGCGCUACCUGCACGAUCUGAAUGUGCAAAUAUCGCAGAAGCGGCGCUCGGUCAGCGUCUCGAGGCAGAGAGAGCGCGACCUGUGCAAUCAGCACUUCGACACAUUCGAAACGUUUUGGGGGCGGCCCGGCCACGGGGCGCCCGUUGCCGACAAGAUAAACAAACUGAAACUGGACAAUUUACUGUACGGCGUCCCAGAAACAGCAGCCAACUGAGGCACUCGAUUCGCAUUCGGCUCGUAGUUUGUUCGACGCAAAUAGUUUGCUCUGAAAUCAAUCGAUGCCCCUCCAUUAUCAUUGGCGCCGUCCGUCAGUCAGCGGAAGUUUCGAUGAAACGCUGUAUUGAAAAUGAAAAUUUUGCCAACUUGCCAAGUUCGUAAGUUGACCGAAGUUUUUGCCAUAGUCAGUUGGGUCGGGCGGACACGCGGACAGGACAGGAGGACACAACAAAUGGCAUUGCCUGUCCCCGGGAACGGUCUAUUGUGUUAGUUUUUAGAAUUUAGUUAGAUUCUAUAACGAACCGGACAUGUCGAGCUUAUAGUAAAUUCAAUUAUGUAAAAACACUAAAUACAUUU